AUGUGUGCGAAUAAGUGUGCUGUCGAUUGGUGCAAGUUUGUAUAUUGCUUUUUAGCGAAUAACUAAAAUUAUUAGAAGCCAGUCGGCAAAUACCAUCGAAACAACGCGGAACUAACAGUAACUAGUUCGAAAACUCGGAAGUUCUUAAGUUUAACUAUCUUACUGGGCUUUUGUCUCCCUAGUUCAAGCGUGCUGGUGUAAGAUUUUGAACUGUGUUCGCGUAAAGUAUGUAAGUCGGAAAAAAACAAAAAAUUAAUAAAAAUUAUACUAAACAAAUAAAUAAAAAAAAAAAACAAAAAACGGAACGGAACGUAUUUAAAAAGAAAACCAAUAUAUUGUGUGAUAAGUGUUUCCAAUACAGGAAUAAUAAAGUAUUUUUUAAAACACUAUUUUUAAAUUUGAGGAGACAUCGAAAUAUCAUUUGGAGCUAAAAUGUAUUCCAGCUGAUUUUUUACUGUUACUAUGCAAAGAGGAGCACAUUUUCAAUGGUGUUGCCAGAAUAUGAAAGUAAAAGAAAAAAUAAAAUAAAAUAAAAUAAAAUAAAAUAAAAUAAAAUAAAAAAUAAAUUAAUUAAAAUAAAUUUUAUACAUAAGUAUAUACAAAGUAAACAAAUAAAAAUAAAGCGUGGAGUGCAAAGAGUGUACUGUGUUUAAGAAAUAUAAUCAGAACAAUUAAGUGACAAUUGUAUUCAAUUAGAAGUGCAAAUAAUUUCAGUGAAAUUCUCAACAACUGUGAUCAUACAAAUAUAAAAAAAUAAAUAAAAUAUAUAUAUAUGAAAUUUACACACAUACAUACAUAUAAAUAUAUUACGUAUAAUAUAAAAUAAGAGCAAAUAAAGCUAACUAAAAAUAGUAAAUUCCAUUAACGCCGCGCACAAAUAAAACAUACACACAAAAAUGACGUUGGAAUCUCACGGUAAACUGCUGAAAGAGCGCGUCAAGCCCAUCGAUAUACAAUUCAAGGAUCUAAGCUAUCAAGUUCAAGUUCAAAAAGUGAAGAAAACCAUAUUGAAAGGAAUUUCGGGUACAUUCCGUUCUGGUCAACUGACGGCGAUUAUGGGACCCUCGGGGGCGGGCAAGUCGAGUUUGAUGAAUAUUUUAACAGGCCUAACUACAAAAGGUGUUAACGGAAAUAUACAGUUUGGCGACUCACCAACUAAAUCACGCAAAAUUUGUUGUUAUAUAAUGCAAGAUGAUCAUUUUCAUUCGUGGUUUACGGUUGAGGAGACAAUGCUGCUGGCGGCUCAAUUGAAAAUCUCUAACGAUUCGAUGAACAUGAAGGAAAAGAAAAUGCUGAUUGAACAUUUAUUGGACACCCUCAAGUUAUCGCAGACCAAAUCAACACGCGCUGGAAAUCUAUCUGGCGGCCAAAAGAAACGCUUAUCCAUCGCCUUGGAGUUAAUUGAUAAUCCAGCGGUGCUAUUUCUGGAUGAGCCAACAACUGGCUUGGAUAGCUCAGCGUCUUCUGACACAAUACAGUUACUACAAACCUUGGCCAAUGAGGGACGCACAAUAGUUUGUACAAUUCAUCAACCCUCGUCACAUGUUUAUAGCCUAUUCAAUCAAAUUUAUGUGCUGAGUCAAGGUUGCUGUACGUACCAGGGUACGCCGCACAAUACAAUUGAAUUUUUAAAAACGGUCGGUUUGGAAUGUCCGACUUAUCACAAUCCAGCGGACUUUCUGCUGGAGUGCGUAAAUGGCGAUUAUGGCGAUCACACUGAUGACUUAGCCGCUGCUGCCCGGCAACCUAAAUGGCGAUAUGAUUAUGAUGCGGAGCAACCGCAACACUUGGACGGUUUAAAUGGCGUACAAAUCGUGAAAAUGAUGGAGUCUAAACGGGGUGGGGUAAAGCAACUAUCCCCAUCGAUAACACCACCAAUAUCUGCCACAAAACAUGUUUACCCGCCGCCGGAAUGGAUGCGUCUGUGGUUGCUGAUCGGUCGUUGUCAUGUGCAGUUUUUCCGCGAUUGGACGGUGACCUACUUAAAAUUGGCAGUGCAUAUUAUGUGUGCUAUACUGAUUGGACUGCUAUACGGCGACUCCGGUUCAAAUGCGACAAAGCAGAUUGCAAAUUUAGGUUCAUUCACAAUACACAAUACUUAUUUGUGGUAUACGACAAUGAUGCCGGGUCUAUUGAGAUUCCCACAAGAAAUCAGCAUAAUCAAAAAGGAAACUUUCAACAAUUGGUAUAAAUUACGAACGUAUUAUAUGGCGACACUGAUAACGUCUACACCAGUGCACAUCAUAUUCUCCAUGACAUACAUCACCAUCGCCUACCUGAUGACCGAUCAGCCAUUCGAAAUUGAACGUUAUGCUAAAUUCAUGUUGACAGCUGUCGUAGUGACGAUAUGCGCCGAUGGACUGGGUGUGCUAUUAGGCACUAUAUUGAAUCCGAUUAACGGUACAUUUGUGGGUGCUGUAUUGACUUGCUUCAUGUUGAUAUUCUCCGGUUUUCUUAUACUGCUCACACACAUGUCGAGUUUAAUGCGCUUGCUAUCGUACUUAUCACCAAUUCGUUAUGCGCUCGAAAGCAUGGUGUUGGCGAUAUACUCUAAUAAUCGUGGGAGUAUUUAUUGCCCAAUGGAUGUGGUGUACUGCCAUUUCAAAAAUGCCAGCACAGUGCUACGCAGUUUUGGUAUGGAAAAUGGAAAUUUCGGCAUGAAUAUAUUAAUAAUGUUUCUGCAGCUGUCGACUUUUAAAGGAUUAGCUUAUGUUAUGCUCAAGCGAAAACUACGAGCGUAAAAUAUUUUAUAUUAUAAUUAAUAUUUAUAAUGUAAUGUAUUUAAUAUAUACAUACAUAUAUAUAAUUAUAGGUGAUAUAAGUAUGAAAUACGGUUAAUUUACUAGUUAUAUUUUAUAUAAAAACAUAGAUGUUUGUUUAUAAAAUAAGUUACGGUGUAUUGUUAGAAAUAAGUAGUAAAAGUAAUUAAGCAAUAGUGCUACAACAAGAAAAACAAAAAGCGAAUUACGAAAUAGUUCAAAAUAUGCAUAAAUAUGUAUGUAUAGCGAUAAACUACUGUAAAACAGAGCCAAAAAUUAGCAAAUAUUAAACAAAGCAAACGAUAUUCUAAAACAAUUAAGCCUUUGCAGCAUAAACAAAGCCGUUAUAAUUGAGAAUAAAUAAAAAAUGCUUGCAAUAUUUAUUUAUUAAAUAUUAAGCAAAAGCUUUUGAAGCCAUAUUGUUAUAAAUAUUUACAAAUGCCAACUGAAUACUUAAAUAUUAAAUAUAAUGAACAAACGAAGAAAUUAAAAAAAAAAACAACAAAAACAAAACAAAACCUACGUGUGAUAGUAUUAUUAUUUUAAAAAAAUAUAAAAUGAAGUUAAAUAAAUAUUUUUAUAACAAAUGCGAAUACAUUAGUACGUUCAUAUGUAAAUCUACAAAGCGUAAAAUUUGUUUACGCGACUGUAGUAAGCAAAAAUAUACAUAUUUGAAUAUUGUAUAAUAAAUGUAGUUUGUGUGAUAAGACGUUCGUGCCUGCAUACUUACUCUAUAAAUAUAUGUAUUUAUAUACUUAUGCAUAUAAGCACUUUUAUGUAUUUAUAAGCACAUGUACACAUACAAAGUAAAGAAAUGCACUAAAGUUUAUAAGUGAAGGAAUUUUUGAAGUUGUUCUGUAAGCAGGUGAAUACAAAGUAAACCAAUAAUACUAGAUAAGUUAUUUAGUGAGCGUUGUUAGUUUUAUAUUUUUAUCAGCACGCAAAUGUUAAAUGAAUAAUAAAUGGAGUGAUUUGGAAGAAAA